AUGAGAGACCUUCGAAGGGAAUAUUCGGGAUUUGUUCAGUCCGUUGGUAUAACAUGUAUAUUAGUCUUCAUUGCAAUAUGGAUGCUUAUUCCUUAUCCACCGCAUCCCGUCAAAACGGCUAAUAAUAUCAGACAAAACGUUAGUUUAUUGAUUAGUGAGGUUUUAGAUAUUCUACCCCAAAGGUAUUGGAUAAUAUGCAUUCAGUGCAUGAUACUGAUGCAGAUGCUUUUUGCGUAUAUUGGUUUGCCAAUUUUCAACGAUGAUGUGUUAAAUGUUCCGUUGUAUGACUUAAAGACGAUCACUGAUUCGAAAGCUAUUUUGGUAGAAUUCCAAGAUCAUGAGGAAUUCUUAAGGAAAUAUGCAUUUGAAGAAACUAGUGGGGUCUAUGAUAUACCGAUUACAGAGGUUUCAAAGGUAUUGUAUGGUUCAUCGAAAUUGAAAAAGGAAUAG